AGGAGGCAGGUCUGGGCUGCAGUCUUUCUCUCUCAUACACACACACACACACACGCCGGCGGGAUUCACCGACACACAACCAGCACCUACUUUGAGAUUCUCCUGAGCUCUGGAAAAGUCGAGCACGGCGGAGAGGUCUGGCGGGGGUUUGCGCCUCUUGUAGUACUUGAAGAGCCUCCUGAAGGCGUCCUCGCCUUGUUGCUCCAGCCGCCCGGCCGCCGCCAUCGCCAUCGCCGCCGCCAUCGUCCCGCCUCGCCGAGGAGGAGGAGGAGAUCACAACGGCGCCGCCACGACCCGGACACAAACCCACGCUCAUCACCGCCUUCGGGGGGAAAAAACAACCACUCGUGGUGUUUUUUAAAGUGUUAUUUUGCCGGGUGGGGGUGUGUGUGUGUGUGUGUGAUCGCCGUUGCCCUGGGUCGGAGGUGGGAGGUCAUCGUCACAGAGACGGCAUAAUGGCGGCGACAGCGGCGGCUUCUUCAAGGAAAGUCUUCGAGGUCUUCGUCUCUCGCAUCCCCUGGACUCUGGCCAGCAAAGAAAUCAAGGAAUACUUUGGACAGUUUGGGCCAGUGAAGAAAUGUAUGCUUCCAUUUGACAAGGCGAAUGGAUUUCACAAAGGAUUCUGUUGGGUUGCCUUCAGUACAGAAGAAGGGCUUCAAAAUGUGCUACAGAAGGAAGUGCAUCUCAUUGAAGGCACAAAGCUUCAAGUUCAGAGAAACAGAAAAUUAUUCCAAGGACAAAGAGCAAACAGAAUCACUGAAUCAGCUCAUUGAUACCAAAUAUGGAGGGUGUAGCUCAAUAUGUUUGAGUUAAAGUUGGUGAAUAAACAGUUGUGAUGUUUAAAA